AUGAGGACACUAGUACUUUGCAUUUUUACCACAGUCUUAGCGACAGCCACUCUGAUUCCAGGCAGCAGCCGGGCAGCAGACCCCCCCGUCAAUGCGCACCAGAGAUGGGACGUUCGUGGAUUGUACCCUUUGGGAUCGGAGACCGGGACAUCAGCCUCUUGUCCGAUUAAAUUACGACCUUCAAGUCAGUGUGGGACCUCAGAGGACCAAGAGGAUUGUCCCUAUCACCUCACCUUGCCUCCUCUCACCAUUCAGCUGCCUAAGCAGUUCAGACUACUGGAGAAAACUAUGAAGGAACUGCAAACCCUUAAAGAGCAGGUAAACAAGCUAAAGAGUGGCUGCCAGGAGUGUCGUGGCGCACGGGCACAGCAAGCUGACCAGGGGCAGCCAGUCCAGAGGGAUACAGAGGAGGUGCACAGAGUGGAUUUGUCAGGGCAGGAUCUGUUUGGAGGGGCCAGCCAAGAAGACCGAGGAGACGGGACCAUCCCUGGAGCCCAAGAUGUCAACGGGGCUGGACAAGUCCCAAUUUAUGGGAAAAUGCCACCCAACCCAAGCUCUCUGCUGGAAAUGCAGGUGAAGCUGAAUAGGAUGUCUGCAAGCCUGCGUAAUGCCCGGAACCAGAUCUCCGCUUUACAGGGGCGUCUGGAGGGACUGAACCUGCUCAACAUGGAUAAUGUCCAGGCCAUGGUGGACCAACGCGUGGAGAACAUCUCUGGAGUAGUGAACAAGCUCAGCUCCUCCUGCAAUACUCAGUGUGCUGUACAGAACAGCCCUCAAUUCAUCUUGGCCCCGAGGGACUGUUCCGACUACAACGUGCUGCAGGAGAGGAAGAGCGGAGUGUACAGAGUGACUCCUGAUCCUCGCAAUGGGACAUUUGAGGUCUUCUGUGAGAUGGAAACCUAUGGAGGGGGUUGGACCAUGAUCCAGCAGAGACUAGACGGGUCUGUUAGCUUCAACCGAACCUGGGCCGAGUACAAGAAAGGCUUUGGAAAUCUAAGGGGUGAGUUCUGGCUGGGGAAUGACUACAUCCAUUUGCUGACAAAAGCCAAAGAUAUGGUGCUGCGCAUAGACCUGGAGGACUUUGAGGGCGUGAGGGAAUAUGCAAAAUUUGAUGAGUUCUAUGUGGCCAAUGAAUUUCUUCGCUAUCGACUGUCCAUCAGCGGAUACAGUGGGACAGCUGGAAACGCUAUCAGCUUCAACAAACACUUCAACCAUGACCAGAAAUUCUUCUCCACUCCGGACCGUGACAAUGACAUGUACCCCUCUGGAAACUGUGGUGCCUACUACAGCUCGGGCUGGUGGUUUGACGCCUGCAUGUCGGCGAACCUCAAUGGGAAGUACUAUCAUAAGAGAUACAAGGGCGUCAGGAACGGCAUUUUCUGGGGCACUUGGCACAACAUGUCAUCGGAGUACUAUCCAACCAACUACAGACAGGCCUUCAAGACUGUCAGGAUGAUGAUGAGGCCCAAAAACUAUGCUCCCUAA